GCCUAUAUAUAAAGCAAAGAUUGCUGGAACUUUCUCUACACCCUUCUUUCGACUCAUACAUAUAUAUUUAUUUUUGAGAUAUUCCACUCAUAAAUAUAAUACAUAUAGUUUUCAUUUGAUACUUCCCUUAUAUAUUAUAUAUUAUAUAUAUAAUAUAUAUAUAUAUAUAUUACAAUUAAUUAAUUUAAUUAGUGAGAUUUGGAGAUGGGGUUACAUGGGAAAUUAGUUGCAGCAAUUGAAUUCAAAGCUGGUGGAGAUGUUUUCCACGACUUUUUCAGACACACACCACAUGAAGUUCCGACAGCCACUCAAUACGUUCACGGUUGUGAUCUAAUCGAGGGUGAAUUUGGGCAUGCUGGUUCCAUCAUUUGCUGGACUUAUACCCAUGAUGGGAAACGGAGGAAAGCAAAAGAACUGGUGGAGAUAGUUGAUGAAGAGAAGAAGUUGAUUGUGUUGAGGGUGCUUGAAGGAGACUUGUUGGAGCUUUACAAAACCUUUGUUGUUACAUCUCAUGUAGAGAAAAAGGGAGAAGAUAUUGAUUUGGUGACGUGGACUUUAGAGUAUGAGAUGCUCAAUGAAGAUGUGGAGCAUCCCAUCACAUUACUCUCCUACUUCAUCGACAUCACCAAAGACAUGGAAUCUCAUCUCGUUGCCAAAGCUUGAAACAUUCCAACUCUCCAACUUCAUGAGUAAUAAGUCUUUGUUGAUGCAUGUGUGUUGCCUCCCUCAAUGAGUGGGUAAUAAUUAAGCCUUUGUUGAUGCAUGUGUGUUGCCUCAUUCAAUGAGUGUGUUUUUUCAAUAAUGUGGUGUCACCUUAUUUCAUGUAUUGAAACAUGUUGGAACUUUCAUUUAUAAAUAAUGUUAUGUAACACACAUGGGAUCUUACAA